UAUAUAGUAAAAGCGGCCCAAGCAUCAGCACCACUAAGCUUCACCUCCUCAUCAGCCGAGCGCUACGGAGCCUAUAUGUGCUGACCAGGCGGAGAAAGCCACACGUCGACCUCACACACGGCUUCACGAUCACUAACGAGCUUCAGGUGUUCGACAUAACUGUGUGUGAGUGUGUGUGUGUGUGUUUUUUUCUUUGCGGAGGACAAAAAUCCCGAGGCGCUUUUUUCCCCCCAAUCCGCGGAGCAGCACGUGAAGAGCCAGAGUGCUGCUUCUCCCGAGCGCAGAGUGUGAUGAGCUGUGAAUAACGGAUCCACGCCGGGGUUUGGAGUGACAAACUUUCUCCCGGUGAGCGGGAUGCUCUGUGCCCUAACUCCACUUUGGCCUUCUGAAGGAACUUGAUAUUAGUUUUUCAUCCGGAUCGGACUCUUUUUUUUUGAGCUCUCUUUUCAGACUCUCUCUUUUUCGCAGGGUACGGGAGUGUUCUUCUAGCCUAUGAUUAACCCUGUUUCGUGCACUUUUUAACACGCUUGAUAAAAAUGACAUUAGUCGCUGAUGAGAAACUCUUUCCCGUCUGAUGAGCGACACGCUGAAGUAUGGACUUCUAAACUUCCCAGUCACCUCUAGGAACAAUCUGUAGGCAACAUUCAAACCUUAAACACGGACCUUGAGGACUGUGCACGGAAAAGAACAACACUUUUGGCACUUCUGACUGAGUCGAGAGAACGCACAGCCGCCCAGAUGCAGUUUCGACUCUUCUCCUUUGCUUUGAUCGUGUUGAACUGCAUGGACUACAGCCACUGUCAGACGCAGGCGCAUCGCUGGAGAAGGAACAAAAGAGCUAGCUAUGUUUACCCUCCCUGCAAAGGCUGCUCAGUGUGUUCGAAGGACAAUGGGUGUAUGACGUGCCAGCCCAAGCUCUUCCUUUUCCUGAGGAGGGAGAGGAUGAGGCAGUACGGCGAGUGUCUCCACGUCUGCCCCUCUGGCUACUACGGCACCCGUGGGCCGGAGAUCAACAUGUGCUCAAGAUGUAGGAUAGAUAACUGUGAGACCUGUUUCAGCAAAGAGCAUUGUACAAAGUGCAAGCCUGGCUUUUACUUGCACAAAACCCGCUGCUAUGAGAAGUGUCCAGAGGGCUUCGCUCCACUGGAUGACAGCAUGGAGUGUGGAGAGGGCUGUGAGGUGGGCCAGUGGAGCGAGUGGGGAACGUGCACCAGGAGAAACAAAACAUGUGGCUUCAAGUGGGGAUUGGAGACUCGCACACGGCAUAUUGUGAAGAAACCUCCAAGGGACACGAUACCAUGCCCUACAAUUGCUGAGUCCAGAAGGUGCAAAAUGCCUAUGCGACACUGCAGGAAAGGGGGAACAGGGAAGCACAAGCCCAAAGAUCAGAAGAAGAAGUCCAACAAGCAGAGGCUGCGCUUCCGGGCCCAGAACCACCACAGUGACCACCUGGCCUCAUUGAGGGCCAGCCAGUAAAGACUGAGAUUUCCACAUGGAACGAAGAUCAGAAAGCUGCUACCCGCUGCUCAACACACACUCGUACAUGCACAUACACACACACACACACAUACACACGCAUACACACACACACGCACACACACAGACACCCUCACACUCAAACACGAAUGCAGUUCCUCAUAGUCUCUUAAGCUGUACACACACAUUGACACGUGCGCUGUGUAUUUGUACCUCCUGCUGCUUCCAUUGUGCCGGUGCCCCAACGCGUGACCCUUCUCGACAUCAUCGAGCCGUACAGCAGCUGUUGAUACCCAGUCUAAGCUGAAAGAUGAGGAAAACAGAGCUGAACGAGGACUGAAGGAGUCAUGGACUUUAAGGUUGGAGGAUGAGCAAUGAGCAAGUGAGAGAGAGAUAAAGAGCGAGCAAGAGAGAGAGAGAGAGAGAAAGAGAAAGCAGGAGGAGAAUCGAUAGAAGGAGGGUGGAUGGAGAGAAUAAUGUGUUGAGAAGAAAGAGACUUGUCUAUAUUUAUGUAAAACAAUGUGCGCAUUGAUGGAGGCAGAGUGCGCCAUGUAAUGCCUUUUUGGUUGGCUCUGUACAUUUUUGAGAGUAAUCCAGUAUAAUGUGUAGUUGCAAAGUAUUUUAUUCUCGGCACAAGAUGUUUACGUCCAGACUGCUUUAUGCUCUAACUGUAUAUUGUGGAUAAUAAAAAUUUAGUUGUUCACCUAGCAUGGCCACAAGCUCAUGUGUACAUAGUUGGUGAGUUUAUCUAAUGAUAUUAUUAAAAUAAAACAUUACUGUAUUUUCAGUAUUGAACUCCUUCACCAUUAAAAUGUGUUAGUAAAAGGUUAUAAUACCAGCUACAGAUUUAAGAUAAAAAAAACAAAACAAAAAAUACGUAAAGAAAACAUAGCCUUCACAUAGAUAUUACAUUUAUAUGGUAUAUAUUUGAUUUAUUUAUUGAUUUUGAUUUUGUACUUUUGUUUGUGUUUUCGGUGACAGUUUUGUCUCUGUAUCUGUUACUACUCUGUGCUGAAAUAUUCUUUGAACACUUAUAACAAUACAGAUAUCUCCACCAGUGAAACCAGUUUCUGUCAGAUGUGUCUAAUAACUGUUCUUUAGAAGAACUUUCCAUGCUUUAAGCUUUAAACUGACCCAUAAUAGAGCAGCUGAAAUAUUAUAGGCAAUGGAAUGACAAUGUAUAUAUGAUGUUCUAUUAAAAAUGCAAUUCA